ACAAUUUUUACUGCAAGCGACAGUCAAAAGUCUUUCUCAAGAAAAUUAACGGUAACCUUUUCUAGAACUUACAUCGCACAUCUACUGGUGCAGAUAAUAACUUAUUAAAUCGUUCCAGGUGUUACAGGUCCAGCUUGUAACUAGCAGCCAUGACAGACUCGGACGAUGAACAGGAUCACGAGCCAGAUGAGAGAUUUACUUUCUUCUGUGAGAUGAGUAUGCAGGAGUUCGCCUUUGGUGUCGGCGCUAUCGGCGUCAAUGGCCUGUGUCUGGGGAUGAUGCUCAACAUUCCGACCUUGACCCUCCACAACCUCAUGUACAAGGUCGCGCCUAAGGGUAUCCUCCAGGCCGACACGACUGACCAGGAGAGGAUUGGGGUGGCCAAGGCCAUCAUCGAUUACUGGUACAACAUGACCGAGACCUGGAAACCAAAGCUCAGGUUCAAGUGUCUCUAUGACGCCUUCAUGACACUCAGGGAACUCAAGAUAGCUGAGCAGCUCAAGCAGAAGUUUGAGGCCAACCAACCCAUCUCGCUUGAGAUCUUUCACACGUUUGAUCUGGGCAGGCUCGGUCGUUACAUCCCUCCAGCGGUCGAUGAGGACUUCGAGGGAGGGGAGCAGGAGGAGGAGGAAGAGGAGGAUGAACCGGAGGAUUAAGAGGAUUAAAAGCUUGUUGAAAGCGAGAGAGACGAGAG